AUGGCGUCCCCAUUAGCCACAGUCUCCUCAUUUGUGGAAGGAGCCCCUCCAGGAGAGAUGUUAUUGCCGGUACUACUUCCUCCUGCGAUCCUCGAACUCGUUACUGAAGAUAGUUGCCUAGACAUCAAAGCUCUUACAAUCGAUACCCCUAGUCUUGCCUCUCAGCUUGGACCCGCAUUCGAGAAAUACAAUGAGGAACAGUUCGCAACUGUCAAGCUGCCUGGAAGCAGCCAAAGUGUCAUAGUCAGCUCGUACAAUUCUCUCGGAGACGGAAAAUACUACGAUGUUGAGAGCUCAUCCAGCUUCGUUUUCGAUCACAGCACACAGAAAGCAAGCGGCGUCCAAAGCCAUGUUUUAGAAAGCAGCCAGUCAGAUCUUGUGAAAUCCCUUCUAAAGAGCCUCAGCACCCACGUCAAAGAACACUAUCCCAGUGCCUCAUAUGGUGUAUAUCCUAUUGAAGAUGACUCUAAGAUUGCCGCAGUGGUGGUUGCCAACAAAUACAGCCCGAACAACUUCUGGAACGGCCGUUGGCGUUCACUCUAUAUCUUCUCGCCCUCAUCUUCAUCUCUCACUGGUAGCAUCAAAGUCGACGUACACUACUACGAAGACGGAAACGUUCGACUCUUAACCACGAAGCCAGUUUCAGCGUCAGUGUCCUUGGCAUCUGCCAGCACAAUCAUCAGGGAAAUCACGAUUGCGGAAAAGAAGUAUCAAGAGGAGAUCAACAAGGGUUUUAAUAACCUGAGUGAGGGGGCCUUCAAGGGGUUGAGGAGGCAAUUACCAAUCACUAGGCAAAAGAUUGAGUGGGACAAGAUUGCGGGGUAUAGACUGGGGCAAGAUAUAGGAGGCGGGAGUUCAAAACGGUAA